AAAAAAAAAAAAAUCCAAAUUUUAUAAACCCCGAAAAUUUCAAAAAUUUCGUUCUAUGUUUCAGACUCAGAAAAACUCAGGACUCAGAACCCAAAACUAAAGAACUUAAAAAAUAUAAAAUAAAAUAAAAAAUUCAAAGUUCAUCGCUUUAGCCUUUAGGGCAUUUUACCUUUCGCAAAAACGAGAAAUGGCGGUUCUCAGAAUCACCACGAACGUAAUCGUCAAUAGGAUCCUUCAACCGCCGUCGUCGUCGUUUCCCUUUCUUAUCUCCGAAUGUCAUCUACGUACGUCUCUGGUUCUCUCCAAUGUGCCUCGCCGAGUUUCGCAGCGUGAAAUCAGUCUGGGCCGAGUCCGGUGCGCCGCUUCCGGCGACGGCGGCGGCAAGAAGGUAUCGGCACGGCUCUCUCAGGUCCAGCAGCUAUUGCAAGAAGCGGAGGAACGAGCACUCUCGGCUGAUAACGAGCCUCCCCCAAAAAUCACGUUGGAUCAUGUAACUGUAAAUUUUGCUCGAAGCGGUGGUCCUGGUGGUCAGAAUGUCAACAAAGUAAACACUAAGGUGGAUAUGCGCUUCAAUAUCAAAAGUGCUUAUUGGCUGGGUGACAGAAUCAGGGAGAGGAUUAUGCAAAUGGAGAAGAACCGGAUAAACAAGGAUGGGGAGCUUGUGAUUUCUUCAACAAAGACUAGAACACAAAAAGGUAAUAUUGAGGAUGCUCUGGGAAAACUCCAGGCAAUCAUUGAUGCUGCAUCUUAUGUCCCACCUCCCCCUUCAGAAGAGCAAAAGAAAAAAAUCCAAAAGAUGUGAGAUCCCUUCACAACUUUUGUCCUUCAAUUGUUUAUUAGUCUUGCCAACAGGCUGCUAUUGGGGAACAGAGACGCCUAAAAAGCAAGAAGGUGCUUUCAGACAAAAAAGCAUUUCGAAGAAGUAGAGACAGUUGGGAUUGACCUACUACGUUAUAAGGUGUUAGUGUUUCGAUAGAAACAUGUGCAAGUUGAUAUCAACAGUUAAGUCAUUGUCUCAAAAUGUUGCUUUUUGAUCGCUAAUUCACAAAUAUUACUUGUGUGGAACUGGGAAAGCUUUACAUCCGAUAAUAGAGAAAAGAAAAAACACCUAGUGGCGGACCAUAUUGGAAACCAAUCCCUUGAGCAGUCUGAUCUGGAUGAACUAUGUAUAUCACUCGGUGACAUGAUCAUGAAAGAAUAUAUACAGCCCUACUUUUGGCGUCUUGUAAUUAUUUUCUCUAACAAUGUCUCAGAUUAUUUUGAGGCUUGUAAAAAACUUUUGUAUACUAAUGUGAAUUGGAUUUAUAGCUCA